GUUGCUAUGGAACACUGGGGAUGGAGUCUGGGGUAAUCCCUGAUUCCCAGAUCACGGCAUCAUCUAUUCUUGAGUGGUCCAACCAAACAGGACAAGUGAACAUUUGGAAACCUGAAAAUGCCAGACUGAAAAGGGUUGGUCCUCCUUGGGCUGCUUUUAUCAGUGAUGAACGUCAGUGGUUGCAGAUUGACUUGAAUAAAGAAAAAAGAAUAACAGGUAUUGUAACUACUGGAUCAACCUUAGCAGACUACUACUAUUAUGUCUCAGCCUACAGAAUUUUAUACAGUGAUGAUGCACAGAAAUGGACAGUGUACAGGGAACCUGGCAUGGAUAAAGAUAAGAUAUUUCAAGGGAACACUGAACUGUACCAGGAAGUUCGCAAUAAUUUCAUUCCACCUAUUAUUGCACGCUUUUUUAGGAUUAACCCCUUAAAAUGGCACCAGAAAAUUGCAAUGAAAGUAGAAUUGCUAGGAUGUCAGUUUAGUAUAGGCCGUGCUCCUAAAAUCACCAUGCCGCCACCACCACCUCGGAUCAAGAAUGAUGACAAGAAUGAUGACUUCAUUCAUUCAGUGAAGACUUCAUUGCAGACAGAUAAAACAACUUUCACACCUGAGAUAAAAAAUACCACAGUGACUCCAAGUGUAACCAAAGAUGUGGCAUUGGCAGCAGUUCUGGUUCCAGUGCUGGUGAUGGUCUUCACUACUCUGAUUCUUAUCUUAGUUUGUGCCUGGCAUUGGAGAAACCGCAAGAAAAAAAAUGAGGGCACUUACGAUCUACCUUAUUGGGAUCGUGCAGGAUGGUGGAAAGGAAUGAAGCAGUUUUUCCCGACCAAAUCAGCAGAACACGAAGAAACUCCUGUACGCUACAGCAGCAGUGAAAUUAGUCACCUGCGACCAAGGGAAGUCCCAACAAUGCUCCAAACAGAGUCUGCAGAGUAUGCUCAGCCACUGGUAGGGGGAAUUGUCAGCACGCUUCAUCAAAGAUCGACCUUUAAACCCGAGGAAGGAAACGAAGCAAGUUACGCCGAUUUGGACCCGUACAACUCACCCGUGCAAGAAGUUUACCAUGCUUAUGCUGAACCACUACCUAUAACUGGACCGGAAUAUGCAACUCCAAUAAUCGUGGACAUGUCUAGCCAUCCCAGCACAACACCUCUUGGCAUCCCUUCCAUUUCCACCUUCAAAGCUGCAGGGAAUCAGGCUCCUCCACUGGUUGGAACUUACAAUAAACUCUUAUCGAGGACAGACAGCACAUCAUCAGCACAGGCGCUGUACGAUACACCAAAGGGGCAACCGGGGCCAGGUGCCACUGACGAAUUGGUCUACCAGGUACCACAGAGCGUGGCCCAGUCCACUGGGAGUAAGGAGAAACUCAGCUCAUGAGCAACGU